UAGGAGAGUUAAUGUUUAUUGCAUAGACUGUACUGUUGUGUUGUUGUAAUGUAAUGUAUGUGUUGUUGUGUUCACCAUAGCUAUAGCUAUAGCACUGCUGCUGUCGUUAUAAUUCAGUGAAUCGCAUAUCACAGACAAAACACAAACACAUAAUACAUAUUCACUGAGAAAAAUGUUAUAAUAUUUUUAUAUAUCAUAUACUGUAGUGAAAUGACAGCCUUCAAGACGCGUCUCAUAUCAUAAUAAAACAACAAUUUAUUAUUAUUCAGAUUAUUAUUAUUAUUAAUAUUAUUGUUGUUGUCUUCAUCAUCAUCGACAACAACAACAACAACGACAGUAGUGAUGACCAUUCAAGUGAUGAUUGUAUAGAUCAACGACAACAACAACAACAACACUAACCAGCCAUUAGUAGUGUGUGUAUAUGUGAAGACAACCAUUUGAUCCCAUCAAUCAUUUUUUAAAAGAUAUAUAAAUCAUAUAUCUAUAUAUAAAUACAGUGACAUUGGAUUUUUUAAAGUGAUUUUUUUUCAUCUUCAAUAAGCCAUGAGUUGGGGCCAUGAGUUGUGGGAUCAAUACGACAACCUGUCGGUCCAUACCCAUCGGGGCAUUGAAUUUCUUGAUAAAUUUGGCCAAUUUGUUAAGGAAAGGGCAAACAUUGAGAUUGAAUACGCGGCCAAAUUGAGACGUCUGGUCAAGAGUUACCAAAUGAAGAAAAAAGACGACGAAGAGAAUCAAUUAACAGUAUGUAAAUCGUUUAAUAUGAUGACCCAAGAAGUGGUUGAUCUGGCCGGUCAGCACGAGACGAUUGCCGAGAAUAUGAGUGCACAGAUUGUCAAAGACAUUGCCACACUGUUGAAAGAGUUGAAAGACGAAAGGAAACGAUAUCUUCAGGAGGGGGCGAAAAAUCAGACGGCACUGCAAAACCAUUACAACCAGUUAGACAAAGCAAAGAAGGCGUACGAAAAGGCCUACAAAGAGGCUGAGAAAGCACAGGACAACUACCAGAAAGCCGACGCAGAUCUGAAUCUAUCGCGAGCUGAGGUCGAAAAGGCACGAAUGAUAGCCAACGGCAAGAAUCAGAUGUGCGACGAAUGUAAGACAGAAUACGCGAAUCUCUUGCAAAAGUCGAAUGAAUUGCAACGACGACACUAUACGGAACUGAUGCCUAAGAUAUUCAAUCAGCUCCAGGAUAUGGAGGAACGGCGGUCGGCUUGUAUACAGAAUUUUAUGAAACAAAGUGCUCAUAUUCAUCGGCAAGUUUUCCCGAUUAUCAACCAGUGUCUGGACGGUGUACUCAAAGCAUCGGAUAGAAUUGAUCCGAAAGAAGAUAGUCGGCAAGUGAUUGAACGAUUUAAAUCGGGUAAUAAUCCGCCCGAAGAUAUUCCAUUCGAUGAUCUGAGUAAUCCGCGACCCGAAUCCGAUAAUAAUGGCGGUAUUCCGCGGGGUGUCGGCGGCAGUACUACAUUGAACUAUUCGAGUUCAAUCAAAUCGGAAACAUUGAGGAAUACACUGUCGGCGGCGAGAUUCAAGAAAAGGGGCGGAAUUUUUGGUAUAUUUGCAUCAAAUAAGUCCAAUAUUGACGAUUCAAAGGAUGAUUACGCAGAUCUACCACCAAAUCAAAGGCGAAAACGAAUACAAGCGAAAAUCGACCAAAUCGUUAAAGAUAUAGCACAAGAAACAGCUGUCAGAGAUGGACUGAUGAAAAUGAAACAGGCAUACGAACAAAACAGUGCAUUGGGUGAUCCACUGUCCGUCGAGGGACAGUUGACCGAAAAUGGACACAAAAUGGAAAAAUUUCAAACCGAACUCAAAAGGUUUCAGAAUCUUUUGGCCGAAGUAGUUGAUGGAAAACCGUUUACGCCGUCGGCCCAGAAAAAGUCGUCAUCGCAUCGAAAUAGUAUAUCAGAAGAUUCACUGUCGAGGAGUGCAUCGGAAUCAAGUGUUACCAUAAACAACAAUACGAAUAAUACUACUUCUUUUACCAAUAAUAAUAAUAAUUUAAAUAUCACUAAUAAUGCUAUUAAUAAUAGUAAUAAUCGGUCAUCAAAUUCACUGCAAACAGUCAUUACUAAUAAUCAUAGCAAUCAUAAUAAUCACAACAACGAUACGUCGUCUCACGAUAAUAACGAUUCAAAUAGUCCUGAAAGUGGGAUUAGCACGAGUCACCUGAGCAUCGCUGACGUCGAGUUUGUCGAUGAAGUCGAUGGGGUCGACGAUGUCGACACAUCGUUUGAUGAUCCACUGCCAUCGUUAGGGUCAGCCAAAGCUCUCUAUGCAUUUGAAGCUCAAAGUGAAGGCUCAAUAGCAAUGGGUGAGAAUGAAGAGUUCGAAGUGGUAGAGCUCGAUCAGGGAGAUGGUUGGACACGAGUCCGACGUAUGAAUGAGCCCAUUGAAGAGGGUUUUGUGCCAACCAGUUAUAUCGAGUCCAGACUAUAUGACAAUAACUGCUGAUUGAUUUUUUUAAAGUUGAUUUAAGAGUGUAUUUAAAAAUAUUUUUUAGGCCUAUAAUUCUAAUCUAAUUAUAUAUUAUUAUUAUUAUUAUUG